GUAAAUGAAAGAACGGUGGAAAUGGGGCUUGGUGUGGGGUCACCGUCUUAAGGCGCGAACCCUGUGCGAAGAGAGAGAGAGAGAGAGAGAGUCCAUGCCAACUAACUGUUCUCUCUCUCUCUCUCUGGCUGUCAAACCCCAACGCCCACAAAUAUAAUUAACACGCUUCCUUCAGAAAUAUCCCGCUCAGUUAAUUAGCUUGCUAACCUCCUCCGUAACUCUUCAGUAUCUCGCUCUUCAUCAUUCAUUUAUUUUACAUUCUCUCCCAAUCCAUCUCAUCCUCCUCCCUCCCUCCCUCUAUAUUGCAUCCCUUCAAUCAAGAAGGACAGAGAGAAUAACCAAAUCCCUUGUCUUUUUUUGCAUUAGUUUGGUUGUGUUUGCGAAAGAAUGAGGGAAAUCCUGCAUAUUCAGGGAGGCCAAUGCGGCAACCAAAUCGGUUCCAAGUUCUGGGAAGUAAUAUGCGACGAGCAUGGAGUGGACCCCACCGGAAGGUACCAGGGAGAUGGAUCGUCGGAUCUCCAGUUGGAGAGGAUCAACGUCUAUUACAAUGAGGCUUCCGGCGGAAGGUAUGUCCCUCGGGCUGUUCUCAUGGAUCUCGAACCCGGAACCAUGGAUAGUAUCAGAUCAGGUCCUUAUGGUCAGAUCUUUCGCCCUGACAACUUCGUCUUCGGCCAGUCCGGCGCCGGCAACAAUUGGGCCAAAGGUCAUUACACUGAAGGCGCCGAGUUGAUCGAUUCCGUUCUUGAUGUUGUCCGCAAAGAGGCCGAGAAUUGUGACUGUCUCCAAGGCUUUCAGGUAUGUCACUCACUUGGAGGAGGCACGGGUUCUGGCAUGGGAACCCUUCUGAUAUCAAAGAUCAGAGAAGAAUAUCCAGACAGGAUGAUGCUCACAUUCUCUGUUUUUCCUUCACCAAAGGUCUCUGACACUGUUGUAGAACCAUACAAUGCCACACUCUCGGUGCAUCAGUUGGUCGAAAAUGCUGAUGAAUGCAUGGUUCUUGAUAAUGAAGCACUUUAUGAUAUUUGCUUCAGGACUCUAAAGCUCAGUACUCCAAGCUUUGGUGAUCUGAACCAUCUGAUUUCUGCAACCAUGAGUGGCGUAACUUGCUGCCUAAGGUUCCCUGGGCAACUGAACUCGGACCUGCGUAAGCUGGCUGUUAAUCUGAUUCCGUUCCCACGCCUUCACUUCUUCAUGGUGGGAUUUGCGCCUCUCACAUCUCGUGGUUCCCAGCAAUACAUCUCCCUCACUGUGCCAGAGCUAACUCAACAAAUGUGGGAUGCCAAAAACAUGAUGUGUGCCGCUGACCCCCGCCAUGGGCGGUAUCUGACAGCGUCAGCCAUGUUUAGGGGGAAGAUGAGCACUAAAGAGGUGGAUGAACAAAUGAUCAAUGUCCAGAACAAGAACUCAUCUUACUUUGUGGAGUGGAUUCCAAACAACGUGAAGUCUAGUGUGUGUGAUAUUCCACCAAUGGGUUUAAAAAUGGCGUCUACUUUUGUUGGCAACUCCACAUCAAUUCAGGAGAUGUUCAGGAGAGUGAGCGAGCAGUUCACUGCCAUGUUCAGGAGGAAGGCGUUUUUGCAUUGGUAUACAGGGGAAGGUAUGGAUGAGAUGGAGUUCACAGAGGCGGAGAGCAACAUGAACGAUUUGGUUGCCGAAUACCAGCAAUACCAGGAUGCUACCGCUGACGAUGAGGGUGAGUAUGAGGAUGAAGUUGCCGAUGAGAAUUAUGAAGGCUAAAAUCUGUUGGACUUUGCAAACACCCGAGUUUGAUGUUUGGACACUCUUGUGAAAAGUUACCCCCUUCCCUUUUUUUACCUCCUUGGCUUUCAAUCUGGUCACUGGCUUUUCUUUGUGUUUCCAUGUUUCUUCAUUUUGUGCCCAAUGUUUCUUCAAUCUUUUGGGAACAGCAUUUGUUUGCUUUUUCUAUUUGUGAAGACUUUUUUGUCGGUUGUUCUUCUGAAAUAAAGAUUUGUCAUUUUUUUUUUAA